CGUAACUCGCGUUGGCCCAUGUCGAGGCUCAAGGCUCGAGCAUCCCUCGCUACAUGUCGCAUUUGUGUUUUUCAUUUUCAGAGUGGAACGACACUAACACGACCGAGUGCCAGCAGUGCGGCAAGACCUUUGCCAAACACAAAGACUUGAUCUUCCACACGAGGCACGCGUGCUGUUAUCAGAAAUGCAGGAUUCGUACCGUGAAACGGGACGACGGUUUUAACCGUCCCGGCAGCUUGGACUGCAAUCAGUGCGGCAAGACGUUCAAACGGCUGAAAGAUCUCAAUUAUCACGUUCGCUACUUGUGCGGGAUCCGGGGGAUACAAUGCCCGUACUGCAGCAAGUGUUACACGUACACGUCCAACGUCAAGUAUCACAUAAGCCGCUAUCACCAAGGGAAGGAAGUUUAUUACAAUAAACUCUACUGAACGGGUCGCGAACUCGCGUUUCACGCGACAUCCCCUCGAUGGGUCUCUUUAGACGUUGUCCAUCCCUGUUCCUUCGUCU